AUGGGAGGCUGUUGCUCUGUCUCGAUGUCAUGUGAUCAAGUGGUGAAUCAGUUCUCUCAAUGGUUAUGUGUCAACUUCAGUUAUAUUCACAACCUGUCCCAGAAUCUAGCAGCUCUAGAGAAAGCUAUGGGAGUGCUGAAAGCUAAGCGAGAUGAUGUGCAAAGACGGGUAGACAGAGAAGAAUUCACAGGGGGUCGUCGAAGGCUGUCUCAAAUCCAGGUAUGGCUUACGAGUGUCCUAACCAUCGAAAACCAGUUCAAUGAUCUCCUUACUACUAGUAAGAUUGAGCUUCAAAGGUUGUGUCUUUGUGGUGUUUGCUCCAAAGAUUUGAAAUUGAGCUAUCGUUAUGGGAAAAGGGUUAUUCUGAUGUUGAGGGAAGUUGAGAGUCUCAGUUAUCAAGGAGAAGAAUUUGAUGCGGUGACUGAGGACGCUCCAAGAGCUGAGGUCGAAGAGUUGCCUAUUCAACCCACAAUUGUUGGUCAGGAAACAAUGCUCRAAAWGGYAUGGAACCGUYUWAUGGAAGAYAGAGUYGGKAUUGUGGGUCUGUAUGGUAUGGGUGGAGUAGGCAAAACCACCCUUCUCACGCAGAUCAACAAUAAGUUUUCUGAAAUAGGUGGCGGAUUUGAUGUCGUGAUAUGGGUUGUGGUCUCUAAAAAUGCAACAGUCCAUAAGAUUCAAGAAGACAUCGGGGGAAAGCUAGGCCUUGUGGGGAAGCAAUGGGAUGAGAAAACUGAAAACCAAAGAGCCCGUGACAUCUACAACGUUCUUAGGAGGAAGAAGUUUGUGUUGUUGUUGGAUGAUAUAUGGGAGAAAGUGGAUUUAAAUACGGUAGGAGUACCGUAUCCGAACACAGAAAACGGAUGCAAAGUAGCAUUUACCACUCGCUCUCGAGAUGUGUGUGGGCGCAUGGCGGUUGAUGACCCAAUCCAAGUCAGUUGUCUGGACACGGACAAAGCCUGGGAUCUGUUCAGAAAGAAAGUCGGGGAAAACACACUGGGAAGCCACCCAGACAUUCCCAAACUCGCGAGGAAAGUCGCUGGAAAAUGUUGUGGCUUACCAUUGGCACUCAAUGUCAUCGGCGAAACUAUGGCGAGCAAAAGCACAGUACAAGAGUGGCAUAGGGCAAUUGAUGUUUUGACUUCAUCUACCACAUAUUUCUCUGGCGUGGAAGAUGAGAUUCUUCCAAUUUUGAAGUAUAGCUAUGAUAGUUUAAAUGGUGAGCAGGUGAAAUCAUGUUUCCUCUAUUGCUCUCUAUUUACCGAAGAUUUUGUUUUCAGAAAAGAGAGAUUGAUAGAGUACUGGAUAGGUGAAGGUUUUAUAGAUGAAAAUGAAGGUAGAGAGAGGGCAUUAAACCAAGGCUAUGAGAUACUCGGCACCCUAUUCCGUGCAUGUUUGUUGGAGGAAGAAAAGAAUAAAUCAAAAUUGAAAAUGCAUGAUGUGGUACGGGAGAUGGCCAUAUGGAUAGCCUCGGAUCUUGGAAAGCAUAAAGAGAAAUGUAUUGUACAAACUAGAAUUGGGUUACGUGAAAUACCGAAAGUGAAGAACUGGAAGAACGUGAGAAGAAUGUCAUUGAUGGAAAAUGAGAUUGAAAUGAUAUCCGGGAGCCUCGACUGUCCUGACCUCACAACUCUCUUCCUUCAGAAAAAUAAAUACUUAGUAACAAUCUCAGGUGAAUUCUUUCGGUCUAUGCCUAAGCUACGCCUUCUGGAGUUAUCACGGAAUAAACGGCUAUGUGGAUUGCCAGAGCAAAUAUCAGGGUUGGUUUCUCUGAGAUAUCUUGACUUGUCAUGGACAAAGAUAGAGCGACUACCUGUUGGUUUACAAGAGUUGAAAAUGCUAAUUCAACUGAAUUUGGAGUCCACACACAAGCUUGAGAGUUUACAAGGGAUAUCAAAUUUGUCGAGUUUGAGAACAUUGAAACUUCGACAUUCCAAACUGUUGCUAGAUAUGAGCGUAAUGAAGGAGCUGCAACUCUUAGAACAUUUAGAGUUUAUAAGCAUAAACACCUCGUCAAAUUUGGUUGGGAAGCUAUUGUUAUAUGAUCCCAGAGUGGGGAGAUGCAUUCAACAAGUAUCUAUUGAGGAGCGUCCGGAAGAAUCUGUGAGAGUAUUAGUUUUGCCAGCUAUGGAUAAUCUGUGUAAAGUUUCGAUAUGGAAUUGUGAAAUUUUGGAGAUAAAGAUAGAGAAGACACCAUGGAACAAAAGGCUGACAAGUCCAUGCUUCUCAAACCUCUCUUAUGUGAAAAUAGAAAGGUGUGACGGUUUAAAGGACUUGACGUGGCUGCUGUUUGCUCCAAACCUUACUCAACUUAGACUUUCGAGGCUAAAGCAACUAGAGGCUAUAAUAAGUAAAGAGAAAGCUGCGAGUGUUUUAGACAAGGAGACAUGUAAGCUUCUUCCUUUCGAGAAACUAGAAUUCUUUACCUUGUCUGAGUUGCCAGAGCUGAAGAGCAUAUACUGGAAUGCUCUGCCUUUUCAACGUCUAAGCCAUUUCCUCAUAUACGACAAUUGUCCGAAGCUGAGAAAGCUUCCAUUGGAUUCUAAAAGUGUCUUCAAAGUUGAAGAAUUUGUCAUAAAAUACAGAGAGGAAGAAUGGAUAAAAGGGAUUGAAUGGGAGGACGAAGCCACGCGACAACGUUUCUUACCUUCAUGUAGGCUGAUUUAA